AUGCACAGGAGCAAGGGGAAGCUGUCGGGCGUCCUCAGCAAGGGCUUCAAGCCCGACAAGUGCAAGAUUGCCCUCAAGAUGGCCAUGGCGCGGAUCAAGCUGCUGCGGAACAAGAAGGAGGUGCAGGUAAUCGAGAAGCUCUCAGCAGGAGCACCGGAUGUACAGACUAAAACCAAAACCUUGAGCUCAAUUGCGGCAGAGCACAACAUAAAAUGGGAGCCAAAAGCAUUUGAAGAGCAGAAGCAAAAUGAAGAUCGGAUGUAUGGAUCAACAUAUUCUGGAGGAAACAUUCCAACUUCGGGGUCAUCUGCUUCUAGCGUGCCAACUCCUCAACCUGCAGCAGCUCCCUAUUCAUCUGUUCAACCAGCCACUUCUCGUGUGCCUGCAGGACCUUCUUAUGAAUCUUCUGAAGCUCCAGCUAAUAGAAACCCACAUGGCACUGCCAACUCUAAUGCUUCCACACAGGAAAAUAGAAGGGGUUCGGAUGCUUCAGUGCCUCCUAGCUUCCAACAUGGUGCAGCUACUUAUUCCUCAGCAAAUAUUCCUGGAUCUAACAACUACUCUAAUACUGGGAGUUCAAGUGUUUCUGGACCUCACUCCCAAUUUGGCUCAACAGUUCCAGACCCAGUAUCCAGGACUGAAGAGAUCAACCGGCCUAGGGAAAGGAAGUCUUCAGCUAGUGGUUCCAAUUGGAAUGUGGAAUUCAAGGAUGCAGCAUCUGCAGCACAGGCAGCAGCAGAUUCUGCUGAGAUGGCAAGCAUUGCUGCCAGAGCUGCAGCCCAACUUGCUAGCCGUGGAAACUUCUAUGCAGACCAAGAUACUGGUGCUUAUGAAUCAACUGCUUAUAUGAAUGACACUACACCCAGGAAGCAACAAGCUGGACGUUUGAUGAAGGAUGGUAAGAGUUUUAAUGAGCAGAUUUCAGGUAUUAAUGAUCCAAGGAUGAUCUCAAGUAAUGCAAGAGAAGAUGAAGAAAGAGCAGAAACAAACCAUGCUCCUGAAAGCCGUACUGAUCAUGACAUGCCAACUGAACCGCAUCAUGCUCAUUCAUCUGAGCCUCCAUAUUUUAAUGAUUCGUCUGAGCCUCCAUAUUUUGAUGAUUCAUCUGAGAAAGAAAGCAAUAUCAGAAGACCUGAGGAUCACCCAUUUGAUUUGCAUGAGGAAAGGUUGCCAGAUGCUGGAUUUGAUUGGCACCACACCAAGGAUAUAGGAAGCAGGCAAGCUAGCUUUGAUCAAGAGAGUAGGAAUAACCACUAUAGUAAUUUUAGUGCUUCCCACGGUGGCAGCAGUAUGUCUUGGGACAACCAGAAUGAUAAAGCUGGAGCUGAUUCUUCAGCUGUUUUAUUCGAUGAAUUUGACUAUGAUGUUCAAGAAGAGAACUUACUGGAUCAUUUCGCUUCAAAACAUACUGAAGAGCUGCCAACUGUGCAGGGCCACAAGGGAUUCUCAAGUGCAGAUUGGAGUAAGCAGCCUAGAAGUGAAUCUCCGGUUGAUCGUACCACUUCAACUCUCUUUUCAAGAACAGAAACACAGCCAUCUUAUGAUUUAGGAGCAAACAAAGAGGAUAUUCCCCUGAAUGAUACUAGACCACCUACUUUUGAUUCAGAUGGUGUUAGUUCUGACGAGGAAACAAGUACAGACAUGCAUAUCUUAAGGACCCAUUCAAGAGGAUCUGAUUACUCUGAGAACAAAAUGUUCAAUAAGAAUUCUGGAGAGUUUGUUCCUGAUGUUAAUGAUAGUAUUGAAGAUCAUGAAUCUAGGCCCAGCAAGCAAUACCAGAAUCCACCAGGUUCUGAUGUAUUCCACAAGGAGCAAAACAGUGGCGGUUCACCUAGAUAUGACUAUUUGGGAGCACGGGGGAACUUGGGUCGUGUGCAAAGCAGAGAUUAUGAUCUUUCAGAAGAAGAAACAGAACCACAUAAAUUGGAAGGUACAUCCUCAGGGAUGACAGGAGCAAAUGAGAAUCGGCCCUCGCCUUUCCGCAUUCCAACUUCAGCAACAUCUGAUGACAGCGAUGACGGUGAUGUUGGCCUGAAUUAUGGAAGGUUAACUCCUGGACUAAGAAACAAACUCAGGCAAGGUCCACAAUACAAAAUUUCUGGGGAUAACUUGCUGCGAAAACAGUCCUUAGAAGGAGCUCCUGCCAGCAUUGAAGAAUCAGUGCAUUUCAAAGAGAAUGACACAUCAUCUGAACAGACGGGUUCACGCACAACCAAGAAUUCUUUUGGUGCAAAUUACCACAGUGAACAUCUCGAUGGGAGACAUACUGUUGGCAAGCCUGUGGAAUCAAGAUCAUCCAUGACGAGGGAUGACUUAUAUUCAGGUGAUACAGGGAAGUUAUCUGAACGAUCUGGCAGUCCAAUUUCUAGCCCAACCAAGACUUCUGUUAGGGAAAAUUCUAUUCAAGAGCCACAUCUUGAAAGACCGGGUAGUGGGGUGCGCAGGGAAAGUAGAUCAAGAACUGCCAGAACUUUCUUUGAUUCAGAUGAGAGCGAAGAAGAAUUGGAACGACGCCGGUCUGGCCAGACAAAGUUGUCUAAAGCGCAGAUACAAUCACGGAGGACUCGGGAGGUAGCACCCGAUACAAAGAGAGAUGGCCGAGCCCGGGUUGGAGCACAGUAUGCCGUUGAAGCUGAAAGCACGCCAAAAAGCCCUGCUAAAGCAUUCUCCAACUCGAGUACUGAACAAAGAAAAGUGGCACCUGCGUACUCCAGGGUUUCAGUACAGCAGUCUUUGCCAAAUCCUGUGCGCAUUGAACCUCCCGCAGCUAGAGGCAGGUGGCAAGAAGAUGAACCGGAUGGAAGUUCUUCUCCAGAAAACGAGGGAAACACAGAGACCUCAGCAGAGACCCUGAAAAAAACACUAGUCGCUCGGUUCGGUCGUUUUAAGUGGGAUUAUGACAGUUUGGAUGAUGCUGUUUGGGAAGUUAGAAUGCACUUCCAUGACAGAGACAACUUGGAGAGAUCAAUCUGCAUUUCAGACAUCACAUAUCACAAUUUGGUAGCAUUAAUAGACAUAGAGGGAUAUGGACUGAAUGAUUACGUUUACUUUGUGAGGGAGCCUGGUGUGGGUAUUGCAGGAUUGGAACAAAUUUCUGAUGAUGACAAGGUGGAUGAAAUGCUUGACCAUAUUGGUAAUAAAGAUCAGAAUGUAGUGAAUUUGACAGUGAUUAGGGCCACUGAUCCAAGACCUGCAGAUUUGAAUUCAGGCUAUGUGUAUGAGGAGCAGAGGCAGUCAGAGCCACUUCAGUUCUUUUCCACACAGCAGAGCACAAACUUAGAUCUUGCUAGGGAUCAAGAUGAGCUGGAGACACUAAUGGAGCUAAAGAGGAGAACCAAGAUUGAGAAAUUUAGGAAACAUAAGGAGGAAGUUGAGCAUGUUCAAAUGGUUAAGCAAAAACUACCGAUUCUUUUAGCUGAAGAUGAUUCUGAUCUGGAUGCAGAUGAGGACUUUCUUAACAUGCUUAAUCAGUUGAGGAGGCAGAGAGAGGACCCACUCCUUCAUUUUGAAGGAGACACUGAUGUGGAUGAAGUGUAUGGGGAAGAUGAGGAAGAGGAGCAGGUGGAGCAUGAGGAAGAGGAGCAGGUGGAGCAACAACAGGAGGCAUAA